AUGUGGACAGUGAAUAUUGAGCAUGCGACCCUCGAAGCUCUCAAAGAUUCCAUACGUGCAGUAUAUCAAACACCAGCACUUGAAAAUGAUGGAGCGGUGUUCAACGUUGUAUGCGACAGCGGGAAAUACUCACCUCGAAACGACCAAGCUUUGCGUGAAAUGCUCCGGUUGCUGGACACAACAGAAUCAUCAACGCGAAAAGCACCUAAAAAACCUGUGCGGUUAUGGGAGACAUUUUUUACUGAAGCGUUUAAUGC